UUAUCUGAAAACCAAAGCUUAUUCCAAAUACAAUCAAUAAUGAUUUCAUCAGAGCAUUACUUAGCUCCAGAAAAUCUCUCAUCACUUCCCAUUGAUUACACCUUCAUGCACAAAAACUUACCAUACCAAUUCAACACAUUCUUAACCAAUAACAAUAUAUCAAAUUAUCAGGCCUCUUUUCCUAUUCAAGACUUCAUGAGUACACAGCCAUCAUGCAUCAGCAGUAACUCAACCUCUGAUGAAUCGGAGGAACAACAACAUAGAAUCAUCGAUGAACGAAAGCAGAGGAGAAUGAUAUCAAACAGGGAAUCAGCUAGAAGAUCAAGGAUGAGGAAGCAGAGGCACCUUGAUGAACUAUGGUCUCAAGUGCUUCGUCUACGAACAGAGAAUCAAAAUCUGAUCAAUAAGUUAAACACCGUCUCGGAAUCUCAUGAGAAAGUCGUUCAAGAGAAUAGGCAGCUCAAGGAUGAGGCCACUGAUCUUCGUCGAAUGAUUACAGACAUUCAACUUGAUAGUCCUUUCGAUGCUUUCAGUGACCUGGACGAGGUUCAUCAUCUCAAGGCUGAAUCAUCAAACCAAUCCACCAGAUAGAAAAUUUUACUCAUUUGCUUCUCUGAAAGUAUGAUUUGCUUUACUAACUUUAAGGAUUCAGAGAUAAGGAAGGAGAAAAUUAGAUUGAGCUGGAGAUAUUUUCCAUGUUUUUCCUUCACCAUGUUGUUCUCUUUUACCUGAAUGCCAGUUAUGAGUCUUUAGUUGAAUGUGAAGCAUAACGUCAUGUUUUCCGUUAA